AGCUGAGCUCCCACUGUGGAAUCAGUCUCAACUGAGUACUCGCCAACCUCAAGGAAGAGCUUCAGAAAUCCCACCAUGGGGGACUCCAAGCUCUGCCUUUUGCUGCUUCUCAGCACGUCUGCCUUGACUCUUGCGCAAGAUGAUGAGCCAACCUGUCUGUUGGCCACAAGAUACAAGCCCCUGCACAAGUACGAAUACCAGUAUGAAGCUGAAACUCUGAAUGCCAUCAAUGGAGCUUCACCCAUGAAGAAUGGACCCCGUGCUUCCUGCAAGGUUGAAAUCGAAGUGCCCCAGACCUGUAGCUUCAUCGUUCGCACCACUGACUGUCGCCUGAGCGAGGUCGCUGACAUGGACGCAGAGGGAAGACCUCUGUUCAGACCUGCUGCCACCUCUGACGACUUUGCUACCGAAAUGGAAAGAUACCCCCUGAAGGUUGUGGUCGAGGGUGAUUACAACGUGAAACUGUACCCCGAGGAUGGAGAGACUACCACCAUCCUGAACGUGAAGAGAGGUAUCAUCUCCGCUCUGGCUGUGCCCCUGGAGGAAGAACACAUGAGCAAGAAGAUGCCCACCAUCCACGGCAAGUGCAGAACUACCUACACCAUCAACGCCAGAGAGGACACUCCCACUGACGUCACUCUGAGCAGGGAUCUGUCCAAGUGUGAUCAGUUUGUCCCACUGAAGGACCACACCAGCCCCCUGGCCCUCAUCUCUGGAAUGCACUACCCUCUGGCUCAGCUGGUCCGAAGCUCCCAGGCUUGCAACUACAAGUUUGACAGUGUGAAGAAACACAUGACCUCCGGAUCCUGCCUUGAGAACCACAUCCUCAUUCCCUUCUCACACAAGGGAGAAUAUGGCGUCACCAACAUCGGAAAGCAAGAGCUGACCCUGCUCCAGGUUACUCCUCACAACGACAGAGUCUUCACCACAGGUCGCGUUGUCAAGGGUCUUCACAUGGACGCUGUUGAGGACAAGAACUUUCUGCAGGACAAGGACGAAACUCUGAAUCUCCUCAGAGAACUCACCAAUCUGCCCGAGACCGAGAACGACAGGAGGCCCCACCUCUUCCACCGGCUCGUCACCAUGGUCCGUGGAAUGAAGACAGAGACCCUGAGAACCGCCAUCCCCGAGGCUAUUGCCGUGUCCCGCGUUCUGACCUACCAGGUUCUGGCCCAGUGUGGAACACCAGAGUGCAGCAGCGGCAUCAUGCAGAUCAUCAGGUCCUUGGAGAGAACCACACUCGAGGUUGACACUGCUGUGUUUGCAAUGGGACUCAUGUCCAACCCUUCACCUCUCCUGAUCAAUGACCUGCUGGAGAUGGCCAAGUUCAAGCCCAGCAAGCCCAUCAUGUACGCUCUGAGCAAUGUGAUCAAGAGGUGGUACAAGGUUGAAGAAGUCCUGACCCCAGAGAUCUUCUCUGUGGCUGAGUUCAUGGCUGCUCAGUUGGGCGAUUGCUCUGGUGAACAGGAGAAGGUCUUCAUGACACUGAGGGUUAUUGGAAACAUGGCUCCAGCUAUGAUUGAAGCUGGUCCCGUUGUCAGGUCUGCUGUGAUGCAGUGUGUCAACCACCCUGCAGCUACCCCUGCUGUCCAGCAGGCUGCCAUCCAAGUGUUCAGGCUGACCAGAGUCCCCGAGGAGGGCAGAGAGAUGCUCAUGCAGGUGCUUUUGGACAACACUAGCCCUGUGCAGAAGCGCACUGCUGCCUAUCUGGUGCUGAUGAAGAACCCCAAGCCUAGUGAACUGGACCAGAUUGUUAACGCAAUGUCCCUGGAUCAUCACAUCCAAGUCAGGAGCUUCAUCAACUCCCACAUCCGGAACAUCAUGUCCUCCACUGAGCCUGAGACUGAACAACUCAGACAGAUGAUCCUCGAUGCCCUUCGCGGUAACGACAUCAUGUCUGCUAUGGACCCCACCAAGUUCUCUCGCAACUACAAGAUCGGAUCCAUGGAGGGUAACAUGAUCUUUGAGGGCAGCAGCUACCUGCCCAAGGAAGCCAUGCUUGAAAUGACCCUCAAUGCAUUUGGCUACGACAUGGACAUGGUGGAGUUUGGUAUGGAGGGCAAAGGAUUUGAGCCAACUGUGGAGGCUCUGUUUGGAGAGAACGGAUUUUUCCCCGACACCAUCCUGAAGACCAUGUACUUCGUCUCUGACAACAUGCCAGAUAGCGUCAGCGAGCUUCUGCAGACCUUCAUGCCUGCUCUGAACAAGGACAGGAUGAAGAGACAGACCUCCCAGAACCUGAUCAGAGAGAUCGGACGCAACCUGAACAAACUGAUGACAGACCUGAAGUCCACACAGUCUCCAGAGGCCAUGGUUUACAUGAGGCUUCUUGGUAACGAACUGGGAUAUUUGAAGACCAGUGAAAUGGAGGAGAUGGCCUACUCUGCAGUCAUGAUGAUUGACAGCAUGAUGAAGAUGUUCCCCAGCGAUCUGAUGAAGGCUUUAAUGACAAAGAAUGACAACACCGUGUUUGCCCACUACAUCUUCAUGGACAAUGAGUUCUUCCUGCCCACCAUGACUGGUGUGCCUCUGAGGAUUGCCCUCUCUGGUAUCUUCACUCCAGGAGUUAAGGGAGGUCUGAAGAUUUCUCGCGACAUGACUCAAGUUGCUUUCAUGCCCUCUGCUGGCAUUGAGUUUGUGACCCAGGUGGGCUGCCACCUCCCUGAGUACAUCAACUCUGGCCUGGAGAUGCACACCAACCUUUUCCACGAGAGCGGCCUGACUGCCAAGGUCUCCAUGGGACGCGACAUGGUGAAGAUGACCAUCCCUGCUCCCAGAAACCCAACUAAGCUCAUUAAAAUUACAAACACCCUGGUGGCAGUGAGUGGAACUGACACCCUGACCAUGCCUUCUAUGGUGAUGGACAAGGUCGACCGUACUGAGUGCACCCCUGUUUUCGCUGGAAUGCAGUACUGCACAUCUUUGAAAUACAUGGAUGCUUUCUCUCAGAGCACAGCCCCCUACUUCCCCUUCACCGGAGACAGCAUGUUUGUCAUGGAGCUUAAGCCUACUGGUGAUGUCACUGAGUACACAGCCACCCUGGCCUACGAGCUGCUCAAGGAGGGAGACGAGGGCAGGCAGAAGGUCGACUCUGUGAAGUUUGUCCUGAGGGCUGAAGGCGCUGAGCCCACUGAAGCCAGAGCAAUGCUGAAGUACAACAGAAGGAAGAACGUCAUCACCGCUGAUGUUCAGAUCCCUGACUACGAUGUGGAGGCCGGCCUCAGAGUGGGUGUUGUCGAUGGAAACACCAAGGGCAAAGGAACUCACUCCAUCUCUCUGGACCUCAUCAACAAGAACGUCCCUCAGCUCUCUCUGGUUGGCCGUGCCAACCUGAAGGCCAUGAAGGAAGGCAUGCUGCAGCUCCAAAUGCUUUUCCCACUACUGAAUGCUGACGCCACCCUGACAGCUAACAUGAAGCGUGAUCAAAAGUUGGAGUUGGAGGUCAAGAGUGAAAUCAAGAUCAUGGAAGCCACCUCCAUGCAGAAGAUCGCAAUGAAAUACGAUGUGAACAAGGUUGAGUUUGUGUUCAAAUCUGACAUGGACACUGACACCACCAUCCUGCCAAAGGCUGACAUGUUGAAGAACUACGGCAACCAGCUCCUGGACACACCCGUGGGUCAGACUGACAUGAGUGUCCGUUACAUCUUCAAGAACCUUUUAGUGGCAUCAAACGACUACAUGGACAAAUAUGGUUCUGACAUCCCUUACAUUCAGAACUUCAGAAUGCCUGAGAUGCCCGAGAUUUCCCUGCCAGAGACACUCUUCCUCAACACUGAGGCCAAGGCUGUUUACCACUUCAACAAUGAGCGCCUGAGCCUUGUUCUCCCUCUGCCUCUUGGAGGAAAGUCAACACAGGAGCUCAACUUCCCAAAAGUCUUGACAACACCUAGCUUGUCUCUGCCUCAGUUCGGUCUGGAGAUUGUGUCCAUGGAGAUCCCCGUCCCACACCUUGUUGUGCCCCAGCGCCUCGCUCUGUCCAUCCCUCUUUUCGGCAAGGUUGAGCUCUCCACCCUCAUGAAGAGCAACCUGUAUGAGGCACAGGCUUCUUUCUCUGCUGAAAAAGAUGUCCCAGCUAUGCCCGGCUACACAGCCAAGUAUGGCAUGAAAGGAAUGUCCUCCUUGGACGUUCUGUCUUUUGAAGUUGAAGGCUCAGGAAAGAUGGCAGCCACUGAUUCUAUCAUGGCCGAAUUGCAAACUUCUCUUACCCACAAGUACCUUGCAGCCAGCGUGAAAGUCAUGGAGGAUGUUACCUUCACCGACAAAAUCAACCUGAGAACCUACACCAAGAUGGAAGCCACAAGUCCAUUAGGUCUUAACAUGGGUCUUGAGCACACAGCCAUGGCUACUAUCAAGCCCGAAGAAAUCUCUGCUGACAACAAGUUUGAGGGAAUGUUCAAGGCUGGACCCGUGUACGGCAAGACUCAGUCUACCCAGGCUUUGAGCAUCUUCCCACUCAGACGUGAAGCCAUGCUUGAUUCUACACUGCAGCUUGACUCCACAUUUGUCAGGGCCCAGAACAAAAUGGCAGCCUCUUUUAGCAAUUGGGAAUUCUCUCUUGUGUCUAACACCAAUGCUUUUGAAAAUGUCUUGAUACAUCAGGCUGAGGUUUCCUUCAAAGAUUAUAAGCUGUUGAUGAAAAGUGAUGCCAGUGCCCUCGCUCUUGGCAUGAAGAUCCGCAACCAGGCCGAAGCUCUUGCUGGUGCCGGCAAAGUUUUGCUUAGAAUGGAAACCAAUGGAGAUCACACCGAGAACCGUGUGUACUCCCUGCUGACUGGAUCUCUUGAUGUCAACGGUCUGGCUCUGAACAGUGAUGCCACGUUCAAACUUCUUGAGAACGAAGCCACUCACAAAGCUACUCUGAUGUUGAACAAAGAUGGCCUCAAAACCAGUGGCUCAAACAUGCUGCAGAGCUUCCUUUUCCUUGAAAACACCUUCAAUGCUGAACUCAUGCCAACAAGAGCCCUGUUGUAUGUUGCCAACAAGGCUGCCAUGCUCGACAUGAAGUUUGACAACGCCAACACUCUGACCAUGACUCCUGUCAGCGUAGACUUUGACUCAAAGGUCGAUGCCACGGCUCGUGAGUAUGCCUCUUACAAUCACGACAUCACCGUCAGCGUGAAGCCUUACACUGCUUCAGCCAACGUCAAGAACAACCUCAAACUCUUGGCCACAAACUUCAUCAAUGAGGCUCAGCUGCGGGCAGAAAUGUUCAAGAUGGACGUCACUGGAAGUCUGAGAGCCCUGUACGGUGAGGAGGAGCUCAAGCACAUCUACCAGAUAAACUACGCCGACAUGACCGCCAAUGUUAAAUGCAGCACCACUGGAAAACUCCUCGGAACUCACAUGAGCCAUAACACCGAGCUGGAAGUUGUCGGCCUGGCUGCCCGCUUCACCAACGAUGCCCGCUUUAACUCCCAGCUCAUGCGCUUCGAUAACACCAUCCGCUGCAGCGUUGUUCCUUUUGACUUCAACCUUGAUGCCAUCGUCAAUGCUGAUGGAGACAUCACUAUGUAUGGAAAGCACAGUGCCCAGCUCUACGGCAAGUUCCUGCUUAAAGCUCAGCCCUUGGCUUUUGCUAGUGCUCACGAAUGGAGAGCAGCAGUGACCCAGAAACUUGACAACGGAUUCUCCCUUGAGACCACAUUUGAUAACAACAUGGAGACCCUCCUGACACCACAAGAACAGAAGACUGGCUUUAGAAUGAAGUCUAAGGUGAAUGACCAUGCCUUCAACCAGGGCUUGAGUCUUUACAAUACUCCAGAGAGAACUGGACUUGAAGUGUUCGGCACUGUCCUCACAAACCUUGUCAACAUGGAGUCCACAGAAAACCAGGAGUACACCGUCUCUGGUUUCCUCAAGUACGACAAGAACACAGAUAGCCACACAGUUAAGCUUCCUCUGAUUGAAAGCGUCCCUGUUUUCUUGGAAAGUGUCAAGGUCGUUGUCGUCCGUGUUGCUGAGGCCGUGAGGGACUUCAUCAAUAAUGAAGAGGUUCAGGCCAGGCUUGAAGCCCUUCCCCAGCGUGUGAAUGAAUUUGUUUCCCAGCUUGACAUUGAAGGCAAAGUAACUCUGCUCAAACAGUACUUCACUGAUUUCACCCAGAAGUAUGCCAUCUCCAUGGAGGAUGUCGAUGCCUGUAUGAGAAACCUGAAGGUUACUGUUGAGAAACUGAUGGCUGAUCUUACAGUUUACGUGCAGAACUUUGUUGGUAUGAUGAGGGAGGUCAUCGCUAAGGCCAACUUCCCAGAAUCCAUCAUUGAGUAUGUCCAGCUGCAGCUUAACACCUUAAAUGAGGAGUUUGACAUCAAGGGUAUGAUUGUCUACCUGCUCGACACAAUGAGCCAGAUGGUCCAGAGGUUCGACUUGAACAAACUGAAGGACAGCAGCAUUGCAAUUCUGUAUGAUAUUGAUGCCAAGUACGAAGUCAAGUCCAGACUUGGGUUGAUCAUUAACGAUUUGAAGAUCCUGGUUGAAUCCUUCGACAUGGCUAAAUUUGCUGCCGAGCUGAAGAGGUUCAUUUUGUCCAUCAACUUCAGAGCUCACAUUCAGAAUCUUUUGAAUAACAUUCCCACUGAGAUGUUCAGUGACAUGCUGGAUUAUAUCAGAGUAAUGAUUCAGGACCUUGACAUUGUCGGCAUGACCAACACCUUCUACGCCAAAAUGAGAGAGCUGAUUGUCAAGUUUGAGCUGGAGAAUAUGGUUCAGAACGUGCUGGAGAAGGCUGUGAAGCUCAUCAGGCAGUUCAAGAUUGAGGAGACCAUCCAGGCUGCAGUUAAGUUUGUGAGGGAUGCACAGAUUCCUACCCGAUCCAUGCAGGUCUUCCAGCGUGCUAUUGAGUACUUGAAAUCAACUGAAGUCAAGGACAUCAUUCAGCAGCUUAAUGUGUACAUCGAAGCCCUUGUGCAGAAGCUGAACUCCUUGAAUUACAAUGAGUUUGUUGACUCUGUCAAUCAGAUGAUUGCUGAGUACACCACUGUUUUCAACGAGCUCCUCACGACUCUUGACAUGCCUCAGAAACUCGCAACAACAAGAGAAUUUGUCAACGCCAUUUUGUCCACCGUUAGAAGCUCCAUGGAGCGCCUGAGGGAAAUCAAAAUUGCAGAACUGCUGAAAACAGUUAAGGAUGUCCUGGAUGAGGUCGUGCUGGACAACCUCCAGAAAUGGGCUGAAUUUGUCAAGCUGCAAAUCAGGGAUCUGGAUGUGAACGCUAAGCUUACUUACUAUUUGGACAUGGUGAAGAACUACUAUACCAUGUUUACAACCCGCUUCACUGAAAUGCUCUACACCAUGAUUGAGAUCGUCAAGGACUUUGUGCCUGAGCAGAAAAUCAUCACUGAGAUUCAGCAGAUUGUGUUUGGUCUGAUUAACCAACUGAAAAAGGCCGAGUUUGUGACUCCAUCCUUCUAUGUUCCAUUCACCGAUCUUCUGGUGCCUUCCGUGAUGUUCAGCAUGGAGAAGCUUGAUGAGUAUGCAAUCCCAAGAGAGUUCAACAUCCCUGAAUUCAACAUCAUGGGAUCCUACAAGGUGGAAGCCAUGACGAUUUCCCUGGACGACAUCAAGCAGAGAAUCAUGUAUCUUAUCGAUCUGAUUGUCAGCUUUGAGAUUAGAAUGCCAAAUGUGGAUGCUUUCUUUGGAGACCUGACAUUCAACUACCUUCCUUCUCUGCCUGAGCUCACUCUUCCUGAAAUCAACCUUCCUGAGGUUUCACUCCCACUCAUCCCACAAGUGUCUCUGGAAAAACUUGUCAAAUCUCUUCAGGUCCCUGAAAUCAAGCUGCCAACCAUCCCAAGUGACAUCGUGGUCCCUUGCUUUGGCAGAUUGCAUGGAGAGUUUAAAUUCAUCACUCCCAUCUACACCUUGAAGACCUCUGCUGAGUUCCAGAACUCCACUGAGAACAGCAUGUCACCACAGUUCUCUGGAAUCCUUUCCUCCCAGGCCACAUCUCCAGUCGCUGAAAUCCUCAACUACAAGUUCGACUCCACUGCCAACAUUGCACUUCCAAAAAUGAGCCGCAUUGUCUUGGCCGAGACUGUGAAGUUCAACCAUGUUGCUCUUGGAGUUGAUCACCAGGCGUCUCUGACUCUUUAUGGUCUUUCAGGUCAGGCUCAGGCCAAGACUGCACUGAAGGUGACAACCGUACCAUACAAUGCUGAAUUGUUAAACACUGCAUUCAUUGCUAUGGAAGGAGGAAUCUCCGCCUCUCUGGACACGACGUACAACCAUCUGUUCAACCUCCCAGUGUUGUCCAUCAGAAGUGAGGCUACGAUGACCCAGAAAUCCAUCCUUCGCCAGGAUGGCCUGACAUUGACUUUCACAACUGAGAACUCAGGCACCGGCAAAGUUAACUCUGAUGACUACAAACACAAGAGCAACGUCCAGAUGUCACUGACCCCUGCCAUUUUCACUCUGGCCUUCUCUGGUGAAACAGACUCUCCCAUCCUGAAGAUGAAACAGGAAGUUGCCACUGAAAUGAACACCUUCAGCCACAUCAAGUUCAACCUCCGUAAUGAGGCAGUGUCUCCGGUCAUUAAGAACAGCAUUUUUGUCGCAUCAGGAAUUGCCACCUUUAGUGACAUGAAGGCUGAACUGAAGGUCAACCAUGACACUGAAAUGUAUGCUGGAGUCAGUACUGGAGUGAUGUCCAACAGCCUUAGCAUUGUCCUGCGCCCUGUUGAAAUCUUCGUUGAGUUCCAGAACAAAGGAAACGCUAAGAUCAACAUGGUUGAGAGUCUCUUGGCUAAGGUAGACCUUCAGAACGACUACACAGUUCUGGUCAGACCCGACAGCCAGCAGAUGAACACUGUCGCUCUGGCUCGUCUCAAUCAGUACAAGAUGUUCUACAAUGUGACUCUGAACAACAAGGAAAAGGAAGCUGGUGUCUUUGUUGCCAUGGAGGGUGAGGCCAAUCUUGACUUCCUGACUUCCCCUAUCAGCAUCCCUGCAUUUGAGCUGCCAUUUGUCAACUUCCGUACACCAGCCAUCAGUGAACUGAACCUGUAUGAGCAGACCGGACUCAGGAAUUUCCUGACUACCACUGAGCAGAACAUUAACGUAGAUGCCAAACUCGUGUACCAGAAAGCUGCCCCACUCUUUAAUCUGAUGGGUCUGAUCCAGAUUCCUUCUAUGGGCAACCUCAUCUCAGAGCUGGCCUUCAAAUCCUCCAUCCUCAAUAUGAAUGUCAACGCUGGACUGUAUACUGAAGAGGAUCUCGUGUUCCGUCUGGCAGCCACCACAGUCUCUGUGUUUGAGAGUCUGAAGGCCAAACUGGACGCUACCACCAGCCUGACCACCAGGAGAGGACUCAAGCUGGCCAACUCUCUGUCCCUGGAAAAUCGUCACAUUGGGGGAACUCACGACAGCUCCAUCACCUUGAACUCUGAGACGUUUGUACCUUCACUGUCUGUGGCUACUGUGGCUAAGAUCUCCCUGCCUAUUCUCAUUCUGGAAGCAAAUCAAAAUCUGGUUGCAGACAUUGCAACUGCUGCCUCCACCAUGAAAAUAAAGGGUGAGUACAACAUCCCUGUCAUCAGGUUAGUCGGCAAGUUGGAUGCUGAACACGUUCUGAAGCUGGAAGGAGCUUUUGAGUUUAUUUCCAUGGAAUCAACCACCAGAGCCAACAUGGACAGCACCAUGCUUGAGAACUACUUGAUUUUGGGACUUGUUGACAAUGAAAUGAACAUGUACUUGAACAAAGAUGGCCUCCGCUCCAGCUCAAAGAUCAUUGCUGAUGCUAAGAUCAACCGUGCCACCGACAAAGUCUUUGCCUUCGACCUGAAUGAGAACCUGGCUGUUGAAGCUUCUCUGAGCCGCGUGUACACUGUCUUCAAGUACAUCAGUAACAACGAGGCAAACGUGUUCAACUUCAAGACCACUGGCAAGCACAUGGUCCAGGCCACCAUUGAGGUUGUCCCAAUGACCUCCUGGACUGCUGACUUUGAAAUUGAUAUUGCUCAGCCAUCCAGCCUGGGUGAGAUCACCUUUUUUGAGAAAACUGUCACUGAGUUGACACCUGCCGUGCAGAAGAUGUCUGCCAAUGCCAGGUUUUUGAGCCCAUUCUACAGAACAACCCUGGCUGCCGAGGUUGAGGGCAAUGUUCCAGUCUUCAAGGUCACCUUCAAGUCCUCUGCCAACUCUGUCUUUCUCUUCCUGGAGUAUGACUUGGAUGCAUCCUCUACAGUGAACUUUAGAGAUUAUGACGUGAAGAUGAUCACAAAGGCCGUCCUGAACCACAGUGACCUGCAUUUGGAUGUCAAUCAUGCCAUUGCUCAGGUCUUGAGGAAAAAGCGUCAGUCUGACAACAGUGCCUCCUACCAAACCAUGAACAUUGAUGUCACCAGCCCUACCUUCACUGAUGCCAACAUUCGUUACGCCGCUCGCAGAGACGGCAUCACUGCCUCAGUGUCCACACCAUCCACUGGAUUCCUGGGUUUCCAGAUGAACGGUAGAGUGCCAACCACGAUGACAGCAAGACUGUAUGGUCGCUAUCCUUCUUCCCCAGAGGUUGAUGUUGAUGUCUUGGUCAUCAGGACCUCCCCCAAGGAUGCUGAUAAAAUGACUCUGCAGGUCUCCUACAACAUGGAAGCACCAAAACUGAUGCUGUCUGAGCUGAAGACAAGGCUCCCUGUCAUCAUGGCCACAUUCAGAACCUUCGCUGACAAGUACGAGAUGACCUCCACCCUGGAGCAGCUGAAGAACACCGUCUACGACCGUGUGUCUGAGGUCUACACUGCUGUCAGCAACUACGACAACAGAAUGAGCCAGCUGUCCAUCUUCUUCAGGACCACCAUCGUUGAGUACCAGAAAACAGUCCAAGUCUUCCUGGAUGCUAUGAUCAAAGUUCUGAGGGAGACCCGAUUCAGAGUGCCAGGAUCUGAGGAGAUGACCACUCUCCCAGAGAUGCUGAGGAAGGUGACCAAGAGCAUUGCAAUCACACUUGAGGCAGUUGUCAACUUCACCUAUGAGAACAUGGAGCUUUACUACAACACCUUUGUUGAGAAGUUCAGCGGUGUGAAGCUUCAGAUGCCCGUUGGCGAUGCCAUCACUGUUGGUCAGAUGUUUGAAAAGGUUAAGGUGACCGUCAGGAGCCUGUUUGAUGAAAUGGUGGACUUUGUGAAGAAAAUGGAGCGUCUGGAUACCAUGCUGGUGAAGAUCGGCGAGACCUUCAAGGCUAUUGUGGACAAAACUCAGGAGUUUGUCGACACCGUCAAGUCCGAUUACCUGGACUCUAUGCUUGUGACCUACAACGCUGUCUACCGCAACAUUGUCACAGUUGUAAAGAAUGUUGUCGACAAUAUUUAUCUGUAUGUGUUUGCUAACAACAUGGAUCUGGUCAAUGGUGCUUUCGACUACAUGAUGUACCUGGCUGACCAGUUCAACAACACUCUUUACAGUUUCCUGCAGCAGACCACCGAGGAGGUUCAGACCUACGUGAGGGUCAGGGGAGGAAGGCUUGAGUUUGAGCUUCCAUUCACCUACCAGCUGUGAGUCCCUGUGACUCCGGCCAUAGUUCAUGUUAAACACUACCUUCUGAUUGGCACACAAAUGUGAGAUGAGUGAAUAAUUAGCUCCACAACCAUGUCUGUGAGAAUAAUUGUUUUGAUGUUACAUGGUUUACUGUGUACAACCAUUUUUUUAACAAUUGAAAAACUUCUAAUAAAAGUUCAAACUAUAA